CGAUUACGCUAAACCUCAGUACAUUCACGAGCACGGAAUACGCGCGAUCCAUUCGUAAAAUAUAAUAUAAACGCAGAUAGAAUAGAACAAAACAUCAUAGGAUUACUCGUAAUCCCGAUCGAAGGAAAUUAAAUCGAAUGUCUAAAAUAUCAUCAACAGGUAAUUUUUUUAGGAUUUUGAAUUACCGAGUCAGUGAUUUUCAUAAACGAGAUGGCACCCAAUACCUCGAAUCCUGAAAUGCAAGCGGAGAAAAAUUUUUGCGAAGAAAAAGAGGAAUCUUCAAUCAUCACGGAUGAUAUGCAAAACCGAGACGAAACAUGUAUAAAAUCUGAAGGAUUGUUUAAAUUCAAGACUGAAGUGAAGUGGUUUAAUGCCAUAUUUAUUAUUUUCCUUCAUAUCAGCAUGUUGUAUGCUUGUUUCACUUUUGAAUGGUGCAAAGAUUUCAGGACAAACAUUUGGAUGCUCAUUCUAAUUGUGAUAGGAGGGAUAGGCAUUACUGCCGGUGCUCAUCGUCUUUGGACUCAUCGAGCUUACAAAGCAAAAUGGCCGCUUAGAAUUAUACUUUUGAUUUGCUAUGUUUCGGCCGGCCAGAAUAAUCUUUUUGACUGGGUUCGAGAUCAUAGAGUGCAUCAUAAAUACACGGAUACGGAUGCGGAUCCGCAUAAUAGUAAUAGAGGAUUUUUCUUCUCUCACGUUGGCUGGUUGAUGUUGAAGAAACAUCCAGAUGUGAUUCGAAAGGGUCGUCAAAUCGAUAUGAGAGAUAUAUUGGCAGAUCCUGUCGUCAUGUUUGGUUACAAAUAUUUCUCGAUAUUAAGCUUCAUCUUUGCCUUUCUAGUACCUAAUAUAAUGGUGCCUGUUUACGGAUGGAAUGAAACUUGGUCCAGAGCUUUUAUGGCACAGAUUAUACAUUAUGUUUACGGUUUAAAUUGUAUAUGGAGUGUCAACAGCGUGGCUCACCUUUGGGGUUCAAAGCCAUAUGAUAUGUCCAUAAAUCCGUCGGAAAACAAAUACGUUGCCUUUGUAGCGUUCGGUGAAGGCUGGCACAAUUAUCAUCACGUGUUUCCAUGGGAUUAUAAGACGGCCGAAUUAGGCAAUUACAGUUUAAAUUUUACUACGAUGUUUAUUGAUUUCUGCGCAAAAAUUGGUUGGGCAUACGAUCUUAAGCAACCGUCCGAAGAGCUCAUAAGGAAUGUCGUAAUGAGAAAUGAUCAUUCUCUACGACAAAGUGUAUUACAUAAAAGCCGUAAAAUUGGUUAACAAAGAUAAAUAUUUUUUUUUCGGAAUUCAGCAACAGACCAUUCAAUUAAAAUAAACUCAAUUAACAACUCAAUUAAAAUGUAAACAUUUAUCCUCAACGGAUUCGUCAGAU